AUGGCAUCGCCGCACUUCGGCAAGAAGCGUGCUGCCUCCGUAACGCUCAUAUCGAGCGACGAAGAUGACGCAUCCCCUGCAAAGGCUGCAAAGCUCGAACCAGAUUCGGGCGAGCACGACGAACUUCAGAGGCUCUCGCCCCGCGCAAGCACCAGCAGAGCGACGAGUACGGCUCCAACGAAGCAGUUGACUCUCAAGACUGCUUUUGCGCCCGUCGCGAGUACUUCGGCAGCAGCAAAUAAAGUUCGAGCCGAGGAGACGAGAGCUGCAGAUGCCAAAGUCCAGGAGCACAUCAGAGGACGGCUGUCCGGCUGGAAAUACGGCCCUACAUCGGUCGACUCCCAGAUCGACGAGGUAGCAAGCUCUACUCGGGAUGUGGACUCUGAUCCAGCCAGUCUAAAGGCGCGCGCGCGUCAAAGAGCCGCGGUCAGGCGCAGACUCACACAGCGACCUGUCCAUGCACUGUCGCCAAGUAACACGCCCGAGACAGAGCCCAUGCAAGCUGAAGCUGACUCAGAGGAGGAAGGACAAGUCGAUGAUUCCUUCGCACGCGAGCUUGCGUCGUUCAAGUCAGCGUAUGCUGCCCCGAAGCGAUCCAAUGGGAAAGGCAAAGCAGCGGCAAAAGAGUACACGCCGCUCGAGCAGCAGUGGCUCGAUCUCAAGGCUGCCAACAAAGACACUGUACUCGCUUUCGAAGUAGGCUACAAGAUACAAUUCUGGAACGAAGAUGCUCUGAUAGCGAGCAAGAUCUUACACAUUGCCAAUUUCCAAGGUGGCAAGUUCAAUAGCGCCAUGGUCCCCACACAUCGGCUGAUGCUACACGUCAAGCGGCUCGUCAUGGCGGGCUACAAGGUCGGCAUCGUUCGUCAGGUCGAAACUGCCGCGCUCAAGAAGGUUGGGUCAACGCGGAAUCAGCUGUUCAAGCGACAGAUAACCGAGCGCUACACCUUGUCUACUUGGGUCGAUGAAUUAGAUAGCUCGGAGCUCUCGAGCGAGCAAGGUCGUGCAUCGACUAUCGUUGUAGUGCUCGAAGAUGGCAUGACACGAACUGAUGGAAAGACUGCUUUCGCUGUCUGCUCGGUUACACCCGGAACAGGCGAGAUUAUUUGGGACAGCUUUGACGAUGACCACCUGCGGCACGCACUCGAAACGAGAUUGAUGCAUCUAGCGCCAGGCGAAGUCAUCGUGCCCAUCGAAAAGCUGAGCAGCCAGACAGAGUCCGUCAUUGCCACGCUCGUCAACAAUCGCGAGGCGAGCCAGCCGAGAGGUCGAAUCGAUCGAGUGGCCCUCAUGAGCACGUCAAAACACGUCGAAAAGCUCAUGGAAUUCUAUGAGCAGCCAAAGGAUGUCAUAGAUCUCGACGGUGACCAUGUCGAGCCGAUCAUCAGUAUGGAAAUCAUCAAAGCACUGCCAGAGACCGUCAAAGUUGCAUUGAGCGUACUGAUUGAUCAGUGCGCGCUCUUCUUCCUGCAGAAUAUCUUUCUACGACCCAAGAGCUUCCUACCUUUCGGUCGACGGGCGCACAUGACCCUGACCGGCCAGACACUUCGAAAUCUGGAGAUAUUUCAGAACCAGACGGAUGGCUCGGCGAAAGGGACUUUGUGGUCGGCGCUCGACUCGACGCAGACUGUCUUUGGGCGCCGCAUGCUCAAACAUUGGCUAGCAGCGCCUCUGAUCGAUCCGCAAGCCCUCCAGGAGCGUCUCAAGGCUGUCACUGAGAUCCUAACAAGCUCUUCAUUUGUCAUAGGUAAGCUACGUACUGUCCUGACAGGUCUGCCAGAUCUCGAGCGUGGAUUAUGCCGUGUCCACUAUCGCAAGAUCACUCUGCCAGAGCUAUCAAAGAUGCUCUCUGCUCUGAGUCGUGUGUCAGGCGAGCUGCAGUCGAUGGCGAACCCUUCGGCUGGAGAAGCAGUCCGGUCGCCUCUUCUCAAGCGCGCUAUCAAUACUGUCGCGCAGUCUCGCUCGAUGAUUGAGCGUUUCUUGAACCUGCUCAAUCUGCCGGCUUGUCAAGAAAGCCGGAAGGAGAGCAUGUUCAAGGAUGUCGAAGCUCGCGCGCCCGCCGUCUUUGAUGCUCAAGACGUCAUAAGCACAAUCGAAUUCGAGCUCGACCAACACCUUGCCGAGCUCCGCAAACUGCUCAAGAAGCCUAGAUUGAAGUAUAUCGAUGUUCAUCUGGAGAAGUAUCUGAUUGAGAUCAGUCGAAGCGAUGCCGCUAGUAUACCGGCAGACUGGAUCCGGAUCAAUGGCACGAACACCAACUAUCGCUACCGUUCACCGAGAAUGACUGAAUUGCUGGCCGAACGCGCACAGAGCAUCGAGCGCCGUGAUCUCGCUGCAACAGAGGCAUGUCACACUUAUCUGGACGAGCUCGGCGGCGAAUAUGUCACUUUCAGAGCCGUCAUCAGAACCUUAGCGGAGCUCGAUUGCCUGCUCUCGCUGGCGCGCACGAGCAGUCAACCCGGUUACUGCAAGCCCGUUCUGCAAGACAAUGAUACUGUGACUCUGCAUGUCACGGGCGGUCGUCAUCCUGUCAUUGAGCGCAUCUUGUCGGAUCCAUUUGUCGCCAAUGACGUAUCGAUGGACGAUCAGCAAGGCAUGCGGACGAUGCUCUUGACAGGCUCGAACAUGUCCGGAAAGUCCUCUUUCGCGCGCAUGUGUGCUCUGCUCGUCAUCCUCGCGCAGAUCGGCUGCUAUGUGCCGGCUUCGUCGAUGAGGCUCAGCAUCUUUGACAAUAUACUCACACGAAUGGGUGCUGCCGAUGACAUCCUUCAUGGACGAUCGACGUUCAUGGUAGAGAUGUCAGAAAGCGCCGAUAUCGUCAGGUCUGCCACGUCAAGAAGCUUCGUCUUGUUGGACGAGCUCGGUCGGGGCACGUCGGAUGUCGACGGUCGCAUUCUCGCUUAUGCAAUCCUGCGGUAUUUGCAUGCUCAUCGAAAGGGUCUCAUCAUCUUCGUGACGCACUUUCACUCGCUCGUCAGUGAGCUCUGCUCAGAGUUCCCUCAGGAUGCGGCGUCAUAUCACAUGCAGGUUCUUGAGACCUCUGGCAGCUCGAGCGAGAGGAUUGUGUUCCUCUACAAGCUAGCUGCCGGUCUUGCGUCGCGCUCCCAUGGCAUCCACGUCGGCAAAAUCGCCGGUCUACCGGAUCGCCUGCUCGAGCGAGCGUACGAAAAGAGCGCGAUAGCCAAGCAAGCUGACCAGGCACGACUGCUACGGUCUGCUUCGAAUCUGCUCGCCAGCUUUGCUCAGGGUAGUUUCGAAGCUGACCAAGCCAGGUUGCUGUGUUUGUGA